AUGGAUGCGUCGUCGGUGGGCAGCUCGUGCGACCUGACGGAGGACGUGCGCGGCGUGCGGCGGCGGCGGCGCGUCUCGCUGAGCUCCGUCGACUCCGAGCCUAUUCCCAAGCGGUGCCGGCCCGACGCCGAGCCGCACCGCGCCGCCGCCGCUGCUGCUGCUGUUUCCGCCGGCGACGGGGAGGAGGACGGCGGGACGCGCGGCUCCCACGCGAGGGACGACGCGGGCGACAGUGACGCGUCGGAGGGGCCCGAGGCCGGCGCCGGCGCCCUCCACCGUGCGGGGUCGCCGUCCGCCGAGGAGCAGGCGGCGCUGCGGGACGCGAAUGGUGACCCGCUGCUGCAGAUCCCGCUCGAGCGCGUCUCCGAGGCGGUGGCGGCCGUCGUGACGGGCCUGAUCGCCCGUAGCAGCACCGUCGUGGCAGACAACGCCGCCGGGGCGCCGGCGAUGGACGCCGGGACGCGCCUCUGCCUCAAGGACGGCGCCGUUGUGGGCGUCGUCGCGACGGUGAUGGGCCCCGUGGCCGCCUGCGCCUACGCCGUCGUCUGCCUCCCCGCCGUCUUCGACGCGCUGUGCGGGGCCGGCAGGCUCGUCCCCGGCGCCGACCUCCGCUACGACCUCGGCGAGCAGCGCAUCAUCUUCGACCCGGCGGCGCAGUGCGACAUGCGCCGCGGCACGGACGCGAGUUACAUCAACGACGAGGAGCUCCCGCCGCACGCGCGGCCGGACUUCUCCGACGACGAGGCGGAGCGCCAGUGGAAGAUGCGCCGCCGCAUGGACGCCGACGCGGAGCCGCUCUCCGACGACGACGUCCCCGUCGACGUCGACUGGGCGAAGCUCGACGCCCUCGAGGCGGGCCUGCGGGCGGAGCCGGCUGCGCCGCAGCAAAGCAACCGGCUGGUGGUUCCCCCGUGGGUCGCGGCGGCGCCGGCCUCCACACCCCAGCGCGAUUAA